AUGCUCCGUAUCGCGUCCAAGAAAGAACCCCAGAAGACUACGCUGGGAGCGCUCAGUAAGGCCAAUAGAGUGGCCAAGCCUUAUCAACAUACAACCAGUGUGAACGUCAAGGCCGUCGCUAAUUAUGACUUUGGAACUGGCGACAUCCAUCGCUUACCGUCUGCUAGUCCACUGCGCCGCGAUCUAUCACCGCAACUCGCCAAACCACUGGCAGCAGCGAGCUUGAGAGCCGGUAAAGAUAAUCGCCAUGACUUACCAACACCGCAUGUUGAAGCCGAAGGCGGGAUCUUCGCAGAGAUACGUCUUCGAACGCCAAGCGAGUGUCAAGGAGGCAAGAAUCUUGCUCGAGCAUUGGGCUUCCUUGGAGGUAGAACCAGUCCGAUCGGCCCCGGCGUCUCAGGCUUUGACUUCACAGUCGCCGACCUUAUCGACGCGAGGCGCCGGAAUCCUGGCCAACUUACCAUACAUCGACAGGCGCUUCUUGGUUCCGAAGACUAUAACUCAGCAUUCGAAGAAGACGCACGGCUGAGCCGAGACCUCUGCAAUCAAGCCAUUCUAGCAUCCCCUCCUGAUGCGUUACCGGACGGCACCUAUCUUCUCGAUCUUGGCGGCGGCUUCCACGUCGCAGUCCCGCUUGAUCCAAUGAUCGAAGCUACGUUCAAGCAAGGCGGCCAAGGGACCAUACCACCCGAGGGUCUCGUACGUAUCGCCACGGAGAUGAACAUCGACAUGAAAGACUACCGUGUUGAUGGUAAACCGCACCCGGUAUACAGUAUGGGCGCUCCAAAGCAGGUUGAUAUCCGGUACUUGGGCUCGACACCUAUAACUAUAGUGGAGAUGGCCAUCUGGUUUCCUGCGCAUGGCUCACUCUGGCCGGACUGGACACAGCGAUUCGCUCGAAGUGGCUGGACGCAGAACAACAUCGCUGACUUGAUUAACCGCGCUUACAACACCGACGCCGUCGAAGGUGUCGGCCCGUCGACCAUCAGUCAGCAGACGAACAAACAUGGUCGUGAGAUCCAAGAAUUGGCUGGCUCUCGUGAUCAGGAACAUCAGCAUCUCCCUGCGAUCGCGGCUUCUCCAGUUACAUCUUUCUCUUGCGAGAACUGGACACCGCCUGGCAACGAAUACCGACUGGUCGACUACUACGUCCGCGAUCUUGCGAACGGCGUCGACCGUGAUGACUUUCCUUCCGGUUCAGACAGGGGUCUUCUGACUCAAUUGAUUGAGUAUGUCGUCGACAAUCUAGAUGAGUGGGGUGAUCUCUUGCUCAGCGAUGUUCAAUUCAUCGAAGAUUCGGGUGGUUACUUCCAGACAACAAACCCUGCUUUCGGACCUGGGAUGGAGAACCCAGACGAGGAGGCUUUUCGCCGUCACAGGCUACAAUUAAAACGAUAUCGCAAGACAAUGGCGGAUUAUCGCAUCCAGCAAAAGAAGGACAAAGCAAAAGUCGUGAUGGGGAGCCAAGACCAGGCUCAGUGA